AUGCAAGUCAGCGUGCGGACAGCCAAGGAAACACACGGAGGCGCGCGCCUGGCUGUGCGUGGUGGAGUUGUUGGACACGAGCGGACGCACACCGGCGUUUCCCCGGAGUAUACCGGCGGCGGCGGGGGCGAACGCGUGCUGCAUUGGCGGCUGGGGGUCGUCUGCGGCGGCGACGGCGACGGCGACGGACGCAGGACCCGCACGGGGCCCGGGAGGCGACCCGCUCGACUGCCCUCGCUGACUCGCUCCUGGCGCUGCUGCUCUCCGUCCACGCCCACGCCGUCCACGCCCACCACGCCCGCCAUGGCCCGCUCCCAGUCCCUCCUCUCCCCCGAGCCCUCCAGCAUCGUCUCCCAGCCCGUCACCAUCGGCCACAUCCAGCUCAGGGAUCUCAUCGUCUGCCCCGACGAGCGCGCCGUCGUCAACUUCGUCCAUGACCAGUGCAUCAUGGAGCGCGACAUCUCCGAUCCCUCGUCCACCUCCACGCCCCUCGUCGUGCUCAACUUCGUCCCCAACACCCUCGCCUCCCUCCACAUCCCCGACUCCAACGAGCGCCUCGUCGCCGCGGGCGGCCAGGACGCAGAGCUCCACCUCUCCAUCCACACCCGCCGCCCCCACACCCACCUCCGCCCCGCCCCCACUCGCAGCCCCGCACACACCCGCUCCCCAUCCCGCGACCCCGACCCCGCCGACCCCGGCACCCUCGACCCCCCGCGCCCCCGCACCCGCCGCCUGUGGCAGUACGACAACACCCUCUCCGGCUCCAUCAACAACUCCGUCCUGCUCACCUCCCUCAGCCUCACCCGCUCCCACGAGAGCAGCGCCGAGCCCCGCGUCGCCGUCAGCAACAACGACUGCACCAUCAAGUUCUACGACGUCAACGUCCGCGGCUCAAAGGGCGUCGACGGGCCCCCGAAGCGCAUCUCCGAGGCAGGCACACUCCGCCUCGACGUCCCGGUCAACCAUUCCUCCAUCUCUCCCGACGGCCGCACGCUGCUCUCCGUCGGCGACUCCCCGCACGUGUACCUCCACGGCCUCACCGGCGGCGCGCGCAUCACCUUCAGCCCACUCGCGAAGCUCGCCCUACCCCCGCCCGACGCCGCCCGCGCCUCUGCCGUGCCCGCGUCCUUCUCCACCGCCUUCUCCGCCUGCGGCACAAAGUUCGCCGUCGCCUCGCAGGAGGGCAUGGUCGCGGUGUGGGACGUCCGCAGCCACAAGCCGAUGAAGGUCUUCUACACCGACCGCUCGCGCUGCGCGGGCGACGGUGGCGGCGGCGGCGGCGGCGGUGGUGCAGGUGGCGGCGGGAUAGGGAUCGGGAGCGGAUGGUCGUACGACGAUGCGUGGGACUGGUCUCGCACGGGGCACAGGGCGCCCGGGUGGGGCGUGCGCAACGUCAAGUUCAGCCCCGCGGGGCCGGGCGGGCGCGAGGUCAUGACGUUCACAGAGGUGCGUGUCCGCUCCGCCGCCGCCGCCGUCGCGUGCUCACCUCCGUUCUUUCCCCGCCCACAGCACACGUCGCUCCUGCACGUCGUCGACGCAACCACCUUCGAAACCGAAGAAAUCGUCCGCGUGCCAACGAUCAUCAACGACCGCCUCUCGUCCUCUCCCGCGCCCUCCACCUCCGCGCACUCGUCCGCCUCGCCGCCCCCACACACCCGCGCGCCCACCCCCACCUCCGCACACGCCCCCUGGGACCCCAUCGCCGCCGCCGCCGCCGCCAUGCCCAUGCCCGCGCCCUGGACGACCCUCGCGCACGCGCGCUUCGGCCCCCGUACCUCGCUCGCGGCGCGCGCGCCCCGCAGGCGCUGGGACACGCAGGGCGCGGAGGACGGCGCGGGCAUGGGCGCGCACGUCGUGGUCGUGCCGGCGCUGGGCGACCGUGCGGCGGAGCGCGAGGUGAGGCGCGUGCUGGGGCGCCAUGGGCUGCGCGCGGCGCUGGCUGCGUCGUCUGCGCCGCGGCGCGACGAGCGCGAUGAGGAUAUGCGCGGUGUGGGGGAUUAUGGUCGUGGUGAUGAGCGCGACGAGCGCGACGAGGACGACGAGGACGAAGACGAGGAUGCGGAUGCGGAUGCGGAUGCGGAUGCGGAUGCGGAUGCUGAUCCUGACGUCGAUAUGGACGACGCGGACGGGCGCGAGCGCGAUCCUGAACACGAGGGCGACGACGAGCUGGACACCGAGCGGGACUGCCUCACCUCGCGCGCGGGCUCGCCCGCCCCGCCCCCCUCGGCGCCGUCACACGCACCAUGGCACCCGCGCGCCCCACACGGCCCCGCCCCCGCCCCCGCCCCCGCCCCCGCCCUUCCCUCGGGACACUUCACCGCGCCCAACCCCCCCUCUCCCGCCGCCUCCUUUUCCACCUCCUUCCCCUCCUCCUUCCCCGCGGCGGCGCGCCGCUCCAACGCGCGCACGCCGCAGCCGCAGCCGCGCAUCGACGCGCCGCCGCAUCUCGAUCUCGCGGGGACGUGCUUUGAUCCGAGCGGGCGGCACUUGUACGUCGCGUCGACGAGCGGGAUCGUAGAGUGGGCGGUGCGCGGGGCCGAGAAGCAGUGGCGCGUGGGCGGGGCGUGGGCGUGAGCGCGAGCGCGGGCGGGCGUGGAGGAGGGGUACUUAAGCCGCGUGCGGAGGAGGCCGGCGUGCGCGGGGGGUUGGCAAUCGCGCGGGGUUAAGGACAGCAUCACUCAUUCAUUCGCUCGCUCGCUACGCUUAUCGCCUCCUCCCCUCCUCCUUGGGUAGUGUUGACCUGCUUGGUCGGUAGAGUCGGCUCGGGGCGCGCGCUCGGCUGCGCUGGGUGACUCUAUCGGGGGGCUGUGCUGUGCUGCUGCUGCUGCCGUGCUGUGCGGUCGGUGCCGUUUGUGCCUGGCGCGCUGUUGGGUCGUUUGCCUCCGCGCAGUCGCCCCGCCGUGAGUGAUGUUCGUGCGGAUGGGGGUGUUGGGACUCGUUUGGGGCUAUGCGCUUGUGUGGUCGGAUCCUUCCGGUCGUGGUGUCCCCGUUCUUGGUUUUGGUCACGUCUUCGUCCGUUCACGUCUCCGUCCACGUCUCCGUCCACGUUCCCAUUUACGUGUUCGAUCAUGGUUUCUUUCUUUCUUUCUGUCUUUCUAUCUUUCUGUCUUUUUGUCUUUUUGUCUUCCUUCGAGAGGCAUCUCUCUCUAUAAUCCACUACCCCCCACUUCGAUGCUCUCUCUCCCUCUCUCCCCUCUCUCCCCUCUCCCCCCUCUCUCUCUCUCUCUCUCUAUGUACGCGUUCCCUCGACUCUCCGAUUCUCUCGCAAAAGCCAUUUGUAGUUCUACCCGUCCCGCAACAUAUGUCCAGCCACGCUACGCUUGCAUGUACAGUAUCCGUAUCGCAUACUUGUACCCCCUACCGUCCCCCCUCCUCCGUAUGGAAAUUCGGACCACGUUCGAUAUC